AUGUUCCGUCUACUUAUGUAUGAUUUCGCGGGCGACAGGUUUGGUGAUUCAUUGGCUGAACAAAGUCUCUUUGUUUGUUGGGAGUGCGCUGCAUUACUGAAGAGGUUCAAUAAAUUCAAGAAGAGGGUCCAUGCAGCACAGGAGCACUUCAGGGUCCUCAGUUUGAGCAGUUCCCAAGAGACGACCGACCACACGUACCUCUCGCAGUCGCUGUCGACCCUGGAGUCGACCAUCAACCAGGGCUACGACAAGAUCUACUUCGACUGCACGUCCAAGGCGGACGCAGAGUGGCCUACACGCUACAUAGCUAUCAGCACCACAGACAACAUAAAAGACGAGAAGUACGACAUAGCGCACAUAGUGAAGGAGAACAUCAAUUUGGAGCUGGACGAGAACCUCCUUAGCGGUAUAGUCCUUGAGAGCCCCUCGACCGUGGUGUCGCCCCACAUCGUGAUAAACGCCGAGCCCUUAGUGAACCAGGGAACGUUAAAGGAAGGCGAUGCUUACGUGGUGCCGGACAUCACAGUCAGGACCGUGGCGGAGAACAGCAUGGACCUGGUGCUGCAGCAGGGCACCGUUAUUCUUGAGUCGGACGAGGAGAGGCCCGACUUGAAGGCUGGAUAUAUUACGGAGUACAUGAACGAGGAUGAGAUGCUUGCGUUCAGGGAGGAGGCCAAGCAGAAGGUCCAGUACGCCAGCGCCGUCUACAAGUGCGAACUCUGCAUCCUGGGCUUCUAUAACCAGCAGCAGGUGGAGGAGCACUACGUCACCGUGCACAAGGCCCGCGACGGCGCCGCCCCGUGCAAGGUGUGCUUCGCGUACGUGCCGGAGGCGCGGCUCGCCUCGCACGCGCGCGCCCACUACGCGCGCCACGUGUGCCGGCUCUGCGGCCGCGCCGAGGCCAGCGCCGCCCUGGCGCGCGCGCACGCCGACGCGCACCGGCAGCGCCGCCAGCCCGCGGCGCUCAUACGCAUCGGCGACGCCGCGCCCGACAAGGGCCGCAGAAAGAAGAAGAAAGAGGAAGCCGAGACACCUAAUCCUGGAACCCAGGAUCUCAGGAAGCUACUGUCCAAGACAACGAUUGUUGGCUACAAGUGCUUGGAAUGUGACAUGUUCUUCAAGAAUUCGCGCGCGCGCAAAAACCACGUGGCGCGCUACCACCGCGAGGGUUUGCAGUGCGACCACUGCAAGAAGCGAUUCGUCAACAGGACCACGUUGGCCACCCAUUUGAGGCUGCACGAGGGCCCGCCGCCGCGCGCCGAGUGCCCCGUCUGCGGCAAGAUGGUGCGCGUGGUGCAGCUCAAGUACCACGUGCAGCGGCACCAGAACCGCGGCCGCUACGAGUGCAGCGACUGCAACAAGCUCUUCUCCCACCUCACCACCUACCACGCCCACCUAAAGUACUCGCGCGCGCACGCCACCGACCAGGUGUUCAAAUUCCCGUGUCCGAUGUGCAACAAGGGCUACCCCACCAAGGAGGCGAUGCAGGACCACUUCAACUACCAGCACCUCGGCAAGACCUCGCACAAGUGCCCAGUCUGCAACAAGCCCAUCGCGUCCAGGGCGAACGUGGAGAAGCACGUGAUGAGGGUCCACGGUGAGAAGAAGGAGCGGCCGAGGAACCACGUGUGCCAGCAGUGCGGGAAGGCGUUCACCGACAAGAAGGCGCUGAACCAGCACGAGGUGAUCCACUCGGGGGAGCGGCCGCUCUCCUGUGACAUCUGCCAGCAGACCUUCAAGCAGAAGGCGUCCCUCUACACGCACAAGAAGAGGGUCCACAACGUGGUGCCCGCCAAGCGGGUGGUCGAGUUCAUGGAGACGAAGAACCCCGAGACG